AUGCUGUCUCGAAUUCCGCCCCAGACUCAGACUCACACCUCCUACCCCGAAUACCAUGACUACUCCCAGCGGCCCGAACUAAUCACCUCGGUGCCUCAGCACCUAUCCUCCACCACCCAGCAGGACCGUCAGACUUUCAAGACCGAGAACCUGCAGGCCGGCCGUAAAAGAACAGACUCCGAGGUGGAUGGCGAUGAAUCCGGCGAAGCAGCGGCCGUCCGCCGCCGCAUAAGUCGAGCCUGCGACCAAUGCAACCAACUUCGAACAAAGUGCGAUGGGAAACAACCUUGCGCCCACUGUACUGAUAACGCCCUCGCUUGCGAGUAUGCACGGGCCCAUAAGAAACGAGGUCGUGCGCCCAAGAAGGAGAUGGACCAGGUGGACCAGAUGGACGAUCCUCCUUUCUCGAAUCCCAGCAUGAACCAUAGUACGCAACCUAAUGGAAUGCCGCAGCUGGGACACAGAAAGUACUCGAAUACCACAUAUGCUGGCCAAGACCAUCUAGCCGAUGGCCAUGCUCUACCAUCAAACAACACUCCACCGUCUGCCACCUUCGACCCGAAUCACCAGACGGCCUUUUUCGCCGGCUUCGAUCACUCCUCCGGCUUGAACAUGCCUGCUUCGGGCCAGAUGCACGAGAUAGACCAGUCACUCGUACCUCAGAUGAACCAAGCUCGAGCCCUUGAUUUCUCAGUCCCAAAUCCAGCCUACUCUACUCAAGGACUCGACCAGAUGCAUGUCCAGGGUGUCAACACGGGUUUUGGCUUCCCUCUCGGAGAUGACUAUUCGGUAGCAUUCAUGGGCAAAGCUCCCAUGGUUGAAUCCCCGGAUUGGCUAUCUCUCACAUCCCCUUUGUUUGUCACCGAACCUCUUCCUAACCAACCGAGGAUUACAGACACAUUGAGAUAUCCUGUGCUUCGACCUCUCCUGCCCCAUAUUGAGUCCAUCAUUCCCCAAAGCCUGGCCUGUGAUCUACUGGAACAGUACUUUACUAGCACCACCUCAGCAUAUCUGAGACCUGCCAAUCCAUAUGUGCUGGGCUACAUUUUCCGCAAAAAAUCGAUCCUCCAUCCCACAGACCCUCGCCCAUGCACACCUGCUUUGCUGGCAAGUAUGCUUUGGACAGCUGCACAAACGAGUGAUGCAGCCUUCUUGACUGCACACCUUGACGCGCGUGGACGUAUCUGUCAAAGGCUGCUGGAGUUGACGAUAAAUAUGUUGAAGCCACUCAUUCAUAGCCACCCAAACACCAGUGCUGCUACCCCCAACCCUAAUUACCCUCAGAUGAUAUCUAGCGACGCUGGUUUGGGAGCUUUGGUAGUCCCAACACAUUCUCCUGGAAGCGCAAUCGACCGGUCACAGAUUGACAACCUGGCUACAUAUAUUCACUUAGCGACCGUCGUCUCCGCCAGUGAGCGUAAAGCGGCAAGCUUGCGGUGGUGGAAUGCGGCCUGGUCUUUGGCUCGCGAGACUCGCCUCGGUCGUGAGCUUCCCUUGAACCCUACCGAACAGGAUGGAGAGGACACGGGCAAGAUUUCAGGAGACAACCAGUCAAGCGAGGGUCGGAAGAAUUCCGUGGACGAAAACCGCCGGAAGGCUGUGGGGUAUGUCUCCGAAGAGGAGCGGGAAGAGCGACGCAGAACGUGGUGGCUUCUCUAUAUGCAAGACCGUCACCUGGCGCUCUGCUAUAAUCGACCAAUGUUCUUCCUCAACAAAGAGUGUGAGGGUCUACUGCAACCAUUGGAUGAUGAUUUAUUUCAAGCCGGCAAGUUCGAGCGAGCCUCUGAUUUGAAUUAUCGUCGUCGCGGGUUGAACAUCGAAUGCACAUCGCAUAGCGUUUUUGGCUAUUUCUUACCUCUGAUGGUGAUACUGGGAGAGAUUCUAGAUCUCAAUCAUGCAAGGAAUCGACCGCGAUUUGGCCCCAGAUCACAGCAGCCCAAGAGCUGGGAUGAUGCUACGGACGAGAUUACGCAACAGCUGGAAAUGUACGGCCAAAGUCUGAAGGACUUUGAGGCAUCCAGUGGGCACGUGUCAGACACCAGCCACAACGAUGUCGUCACACCGUCAGUGGUCUCUGCAGGUACCAAUGAUUCACACAGCGCUUCGGAACUGGCAUUGCAGACCAAAACAGUGGUUGCGUACGGCACGCAUAUUAUGCAUGUGCUCCAUAUCUUGUUGACGGGAAAAUGGGACCCGAUCGCCCUGCUCGACGACAAUGAUCUGUGGAUAUCAUCGCAGUCAUUUGUCACCGCUACGGGCCACGCCGUGAGUGCUGCUGAAGCCGUGGCUGAGAUUAUCGAAGACGAUCCGGAUCUGAGCUUCAUGCCCUUCUUCUUCGGGGUGUAUCUCCUUCAGGGCAGUUUCCUCCUCCUGCUAUUUGCAGACAAAUUGCAAGGCGAUGUCAGCCCGGACGUGGUCAAGGCUUGUGAGACAAUUGUUCGAGCACACGAAGCAUGUGUAGCAACUCUCGACACUCAAUAUCAGCGAAACUUCCGAAAAGUGAUGCGAUCAGCGCUUCAGCAGGUUCGUGGCAGAAUACCAGAGGAUGUGGCCGAACAGCAACAUUGGCGGCGUGAGGUCCUGGCCCUGUACCGAUGGACAGGCGAUGGGACAGGUCUUGCUCUUUGA